AUGUCUCAGUCAAGCUCGGCUAAGCUGGGUGAAGAGGCCUGUGGACAAGGCUUGGCCAAUUUAGCCAUGGCACUAGCCAAGUUACGAUAUGAAGAUACCGCUUUUAUGGAGGCUCUAGCCGGGAUUGUCUGUGGAUCGAUAGAGAGGUUAUCGUUGGUGGACGUCGGACAGAUUGCGUUUGCCUUUGGCAAGCUUCGUAUCGAAUCUUCGGAAGCCGUUCCUGCCAUGUUUGGAUGUAUUGCUGAGAGAGUUGCAGACGAAGAGGAGUCUUUGUCGAGACACCUACCAACAGCAUGCAGUCUGUUAUACGGUAUGCAUCGACUAGGGUUGGAAUGCAGUGAGUUCUCGGAGAUGGUGGCAAGUCGACUCCACCCCGCUGUAGGCAACCUUGAUGUGAAGCAGCUCCUCCUCAUCAUACCAGCGUGUCGGUACGUUGAGUAA